AUGAGCUCAAAGAAACCAUCAAGGGAGGAGGAACUCAUCAAUCAGGCACUCAAGCAGAUAGACUGUGUCAUGGCUACCUGCCGCAUGAUGAUUACGUCGUAUGACAAAUCCAUGUUAGCAACACGACCAUCGCCGCCGGAAGUCAAGACCCUAGCUGCCAUUGAAGAGGAGGAGAUCUCCAUUCUACCCGUAGCAACCCAAAAGGUACAUGCUGCAGCUGAGAGCACGCCAUCGGUGAUCAUGGCACCUCCAUUGGCUGCUCCUGUCGCCCUCAUCGCAAAACCACAACAACCUCUUGUCGAUGCCGCGAAACAUUCCACACCGCCAGAAAUCGAGUUUAUUGCACGCUUGCCACCUGGGAGGAGCCUGAGCACCGCCAAACCCGUUGUAGCAACUUCCGAUCAGGUACAGAAGGCUGGAUCCAUGGUAAUAUUAAGAGAGUUUAAUUCUCUACUAUUGUUUCCACGUAUCAGGAAUGACGUGGGUGACUUGUGGCGAGGAAUUAAGGGAGGUAGCUUCCGUGAUUUGUUGAUUGUUGAUGACCAAGUUGGGACACCUCAUGGAGAGGUCAAAUUAAUUGCCAAGAUUCACUAA